AUGGGGGAGGGGGAGGAAAAAAGAAAAGAGUUGCACUGAAUGACUGAGUGACUUCCUCCACCCCUCCCCUUGUUUAGGACUGUUGCUAGUAUUACUCCUUCGCUCUCCUCUUGUUCCUCGAGCACAUUGCCACCAGGAGGCAAGGCACUGCCCCCCUUUAAAUGCAUCCUUUCCCCCUCCUCCUCGGCUGAUCCAUCCACCAUUUUCCAAAAAGAAGCUCUGCAGUCCCACCUGGAGGAGGAUUUAUUUGGAUUAUUUCCCCCCUCUCAUGUGGAUCCGUGGCUGGAAAUCUAUGCUGAAAAGAGAAGAGCAGGAGGGGGGGUUCCAGACCCGCUAAAGCAGAAGGCACCGAGGGGGGAGUGCCAUUGGGAUCCCCCCUCCCUUGCUGAGAGACAUGGCUGCAAACAUGUACAGGGUCGGAGAUUAUGUGUACUUUGAAAAUUCAUCCAGUAACCCUUACUUAGUACGACGGAUAGAAGAGCUUAACAAGACUGCAAAUGGAAAUGUGGAAGCAAAAGUUGUAUGUUUCUACAGGAGACGUGAUAUUUCCAGUACCCUCAUUUCUCUGGCAGAUAAACAUGCUAGGGAAAUGGAAGAAGAAAUGGAAAAUCCAGAAAUGGUUGAUUUACCCGAAAAAUCAAAGCACCAACUGAGGCACAGAGAACUGUUUCUUUCACGGCAGCUUGAGUCUUUACCUGCCACUCAUAUAAGAGGCAAAUGCAGCGUAACGCUAUUAAACGAAACCGAAUCACUUAAAUCCUAUUUGGAACGCGAGGAUUUCUUUUUCUAUUCUUUAGUUUAUGAUCCACAGCAGAAGACUCUCUUGGCAGACAAGGGGGAAAUUCGAGUGGGCAACAGAUACCAAGCAGAUAUAACAGACUUAUUGGAGGAGGGUGCAGAAGAUGGAAGAGACCAAGUAAACCUUGAAACUAAAGUCUGGGAAGCAAGCAGUCCCCUGACUGAUAAACAGAUAGAUCAGUUUUUGGUGGUAGCACGGUCUGUAGGUACAUUUGCCCGUGCGUUGGACUGCAGUAGUUCUGUCAGACAGCCGAGUCUACACAUGAGCGCAGCCGCUGCCUCUAGAGACAUCACGCUGUUUCACGCCAUGGACACAUUGCACAAGAACUCAUAUGAUAUAUCCAAAGCCAUUUCUGCACUGGUCCCCCAAGGAGGUCCUGUCCUCUGCAGAGAUGAGAUGGAGGAAUGGUCUGCCUCCGAGGCUAACCUUUUUGAGGAAGCCUUAGAAAAAUAUGGCAAGGACUUCACAGAUAUACAGCAGGACUUUUUGCCAUGGAAGUCUCUAACCAGUAUAAUAGAAUAUUACUACAUGUGGAAGACAACAGACAGAUAUGUACAACAGAAACGAUUGAAAGCAGCUGAAGCGGAGAGCAAACUAAAACAAGUGUAUAUACCUAACUACAAUAAACCAAACCCAAAUCAGAUCAAUGUCAAUAAUGUCAAGCCUGCGGUAGUGAAUGGCACAGCUGUACAGGGGCAGAAUAUUGCUGUCGGAAGGGCAUGUGAAAGCUGCUACACCACACAGUCGUACCAGUGGUAUUCCUGGGGACCUCCAAACAUGCAGUGCCGCCUCUGUGCAUCAUGUUGGGCAUACUGGAAGAAAUAUGGUGGUUUAAAGAUGCCAACACGACUGGAUGGGGAGAGGCCGGGGCCAAACCGUAAUAACAUGAGCCCACAUGGUUUUCCAUUGAGAAACAGUGGAAGCCCGAAAUUUGCAAUGAAGACGCGGCAAGCCUUUUACCUGCACACUACGAAGCUAACAAAGAUUGCAAGACGUCUAUGCCAAGAUGUCUUUCGUCCAAAAUAUGCAGCGAAACACCCAUAUAUGCCUAUUAACAGCGCUGCCAUCAAAGCAGAAUGCACAACGAGGCUCCCCGAAGCAUCGAAGACCCCACUAGUAUUAAAACAGGUUGUCCGAAAACCCUUGGAAGAAGUGCUGCGGUAUAUAGAGGCACACCCCUGCCCUCCUAAACAAGAAUCAAUCAAAAACAUUGCUACCAGUAUCAACAACAGCUUGACCCCUACCAAAUCCUCUCCCGUUAUUAACAAUGGAUCACCAACUAUCCUGGGUAAACGCAGCUAUGAGCAGCAUAAUGGCAUGGAUGGCAACAUGAAGAAACGCCUGUUGAUGCCUAGCAGGGGAAUGUAUUUUGGUAUUCCUAACCACGGACAAACCAGACAAAUGGGACCAAAUCGAAACUUACUGCUCAAUGGGAAAUCCUACCCAGCAAAGGUUCGGUUAAUCAGAGGUGGUUGCAUGCCUCCGGUGAAGAGGAGGAGGAUGAACUGGAUUGAUGCUCCAGAUGAUGUUUUUUACAUGGCUACCGAAGAGACUCGGAAAGUACGCAAGCUCCUCUCAUCUUCUGAAACAAAGCGCGCAGCCCGACGCCCUUACAGACACAUUGUCAUCCAACAAGCUCAGGUGGGACAACUCAUGCGGCAGCCUGUCAACGACGAACCCAUUGUCAUUGAGGACUGAAAGGCCAACUGCAGCGCCGAGCUUGGCUUUGACUGAACUGUUUUUCUUCGGGAGCCACUCCUUUAAAAAACGUACUUGACUUAAUACAGUGUUGACCCUUUUCAAGGUGAUAACCAGAACUCACGAAGAUUUGUGUAUCUUUUAAAAAGAAUUCUGUGCUUUGAAGAAGCAUUGAAAAGGAAAGACUCGUUACCCUUUUGGUUUAUCUUUUGUUUACCUAUUCAUUCCCGCGUAUACCAGUAGGACAUUCAUUUUCUGCCCUCUUUCCGUUGGCUCAAUGUUCGUACAUUGUGAGCCGACGGAAAAGUUACAUUUAACUUAUUUAAGGGACACGGAGCAGGUUUUGUGCAAUUGCAAAUUGGAUUCUCUGACUUUGUAUACUUGGAACAAGCGGUCACUGCUAAUGCCUUUCUUUGUAAAGAGGCGUGCUGAAUAUUUUUCUUUUUUGGAAAGUGCCAUUUUUUGGGGGGUUUGCUUCAUUGUUUGGUAGGCUGAGUGAAUAAGAAACUGUAAUACUGUGGAAUAUAAUGAGUGGCAAAGCGAACAGCAGGAUCUGGAAUCCCGUAUUCCCGUUGCAAGAAAUUGUUUUUCUCUUGCAUGUGAUGAAAGGGGCAAAGUCAAUCAUUUUGGCCAAGAAAGACUUUCUAUAGGGGCAAUGGCGUGAAAACUUAAACCCUUUCUACACAGACACCAACAUCACAAUGCUUUGAAGCUAAAGGUUCAAUUGGGAAAUUAAAAUCACUCAAUGGGCUCCCAGGUUCAGAUCAAUGGCUUCAUCCCUUUGUCUUUGUAUCUGAUUGGAAGUAUUUUUCUAUGUGAGUUAAUACAGUGACUUGUAAAUCCCACUUAUUUUCAGAGGUAACUGAACUGGCCAUGAAAUGCAUUGGCUACCACAUCUCAUUUUUUACUGAUGUCUUUCUGUCCUGAUACCAUUUUCUUUAAAGAAGAUAUAUCCGUUAUGACAGUUUCUUUUACUCCAAGCAAUUGUAACCAAAGUUGAUGCUACAGUGUUUGUAUACACCAUGGGGAAAGUUCAAACACCAAUGUCAUAUAAGAGAGUGGAAGCUGUUUAUAACAUAUGGAAAGUAUGAUUGUGAUAGGUGAUCCAUGCCAAGGCUGAAACCCAUUUCAAAAAGUGUCAUUUGAUACUAUACAGAGCUCAGUUUUUAAAGGGAAACUCAGGCUUUCAAACCAAAAUUUGAUAAAGAGGCCCAUAUAACAAAGAAACCCCUAAUAUAUCCAUCACCGUUACCUGUUUCUUCAAAAAGUAUGAAUAAAUUCCAUUUUCUAUGCUGACAUCCAGCUGUUUAACAGUUCUUCUCUUUCUGCAUCAUUUGAAAUCCUGGCAGGGAAGGAGGGACUAAAACACUGAUGUUACAAAUUGUAACAACUACUCUACAACUUACAUACAACAAUUAACAGUAGUCUGCCAGCUCAGCAAAGUAGUCAGAGAGAUCAGCAUGAGAGCAGGGGGCUAGGCUUAGGGAACUGUUCCAAACCAUUACAAAUCAUGACAAGUCUGCAUAUUUUUUAAUUGAUGUAUAUUGCAACGUUACUUGAAAUUAUGUUUACUUUUCAAAAAGCUUAAGUUAUGUUUUUGUGGCGUUCCCCUUUAACAUUGUUCCUAAAGAGAGGUACACCAAAAACUGAAAAUGCUCUAAAAGCAUCUACAUAUGACCCUCAACUACAGUUUUGAAUAUCCACAUUUUUCAACGCAGUAAUAUUUUAUUUAAAAACAUCUGUUUGUCUUCACCUUGCAGAGACUUUUGCAAAGACAUUUAAUGCAAGACUCUGAACUCGAGAACAAGUGGACCUUUGUUUAGACAACUGAGUCGCUGGAUAUUGAGAGAUGAGACUACGUAUUGCAAUAAAUCAGAAACAGGACUUUUACUCCAGGAUCGAAACUUUUGUGUUAUUGAUCCUUUAACGGGCAGGUCCACCCAUUGUCUAGAAGUCCCCUAUACCAAAAAGAAAUAUUUUGACAGUAAGGACUUUUCCGGUAUAGCAACACAUUCUCCUAACUCAUUAGCCUAGCAUUAAUUGUAUUGACUAGUAAUAUAAUUCAUGCUAUGCAAACAAGGAAUAAAGGGGUGGGGCAUGCAUAGUACUGGCGCUGUUCCGCUCAUUCCUAUUACCUGCUGUGCUAAGGGGUUGCAGAUGAUGGCAAUCCUUUCCUCCACUGGGACAGCAUAGGAUCCAGCAACUUCUUUAGAAAAGGAAGCUAGAAUUUUUUGUAGCGUCUGACCUGGAUGUCCACCCUCCCAAUGUCCUCCCCGUCCCCUGCCCACUUAGUGCAGUGCACCUUUUACCACCUUCCACAUGUGGCUGCAAUCGGAAUGAGAGGGGACGGCCCCAGAUUGAGGAGCAUAUGCAGCAUGCUAGGUGCUUUUUUCCCAGUGUUCCGCCCACCCAGUCCAUCCUUGAAGGGACAACAUGUUGACAAAAAGGUGGAGAGAUAUUUAGUGUCAUAACUCUGCUCCUUGGAAUUCAGGGGCAUUUUUUUUGGGUAAGUUGCAUCUCAAGUUCAGUUGUCAUCAUGUCCACCCCAACUUCCCCCUCUUUCCAUAUCACCCAUUAUCUAUAAUAAACCAUUUGAUGGUAAACAAUAAAAUCAUUGUGAUGAGAGCUUAAAAUAAUGGACAGCAGAUAUUGUGAUGGAGAAGACAUCAUGGUACAAGCUUUAAUGAUCUCAACAUCAUGCCUGCCUGCUAAUCAUACCCAUUUCUAUAAAAUAAGGGCCAGCUGAGAAAUUGCUUGAUCCUUCUGAGUGCCUCUACAUUUUUGUGAUAUCUAUUUCUUUUAUUGGAAUCAGACUGGUCUAGAAAUUACUUUUCCGGCAAAGUUCCUUCCCAAGAGCAAAACCUUAUAGAACAUCUCUCUUGCGCCAGAUGCAUUAAGGUGCCAAUUGCUUGCUUUAUUGGAAACCUCCAAUUGGUUGUGUUUAUAAAGACUGAUCUAAAUCUUUAUGUGCAGAUAUAGACCCAAUUAUUGGUUUUUUGGCAGUGUGGGAGGGAAACGUUGAUGUGUAAUAGGACACAGCUUACCAGUUGGAAAGAGUCGACAAUGGGGUUACCAAGUUAGGUCAUUCUGAUCUCAACAGUUUCAAGUUGCUUCAUUUCAUGUAUCUAUGGCUUUUAUUGCAGAGACUGUGUCCAGAUGCUGACAACAUGUGGAUUAAUAAUGGCUGUUCCAUAUAUUAUGAAACUUUAUCACCAGCAUGUGGGAUUUCAAUAUUGGAUAUUGUUAGCUCUGAAACAUGUUGUACCCAGCAUACGGAACAGUGAGUGCUCUAUUGUACCCUGUGAAAUUGUUUCAGCCGACAUUCCCCCCUGGCAGGAAUAAAUAGCAAUUAAAAAUUUUGGAUCCAUUCCUGUGGAAUUCAGUAGUUUCUUGGCUCAGAUUAGAUGCUUAAAGAUCGAUGAGGCUACCAUAUAUACUGUAUGUAGGAUAUGGGAACAGGGAACCCACAUUUAACGCCCAAGCUCAGUUUAGUGUAAUUUCAUUAUUCUUUGUUCUUUUGAAGGGCAUCCAGGAAACUCUUAGGUUUUUUCUGACCAGCAAUAUGGUAACAUUGUAGAAAUCCAUUAUGAAGAGGCUACGAGCUCAACGAGACAACACGAAAAUGUCCAAAAUGCAUUUACGCAUUCCUAGUAGUUUUGUUUGGACAAGCUCAUAAUUAUGCAUUUUCUGAAGUUCCAUAGGACACAAUAGCCCGUUGGGACCCAGAUAAAAGAUUGUUGAAUACACUAUAGCAGACUAAAGCCUUUGCUUCUAGGUCAGUAAAGACAUUUUUACAUGUACAAGUUUCAAGGUGUUUUAUAUUUGGUGUUAAUGGCCCAUUAAAGAUCAUUCUCUUUUUGUUUGAUUCUUUCCUACCAGAGGUUAUGUUCCCGUGACAUUUAAAGACAAAGGUGUUUCUGUGGAAAGAUGUGGUUGGAGGUAGGAUCUUUAUAUUACAGUGUAAUAGGUAUUUAACCUCAGUAUUGCUUUUGGGUGUCACCAAAGACUCUUGUUGGGUCCUGUGCGAUAUUUGCUCUGGAAACCUUGAGUUUCUAAGGCCGAUGCGGAGUAUGGAUCACAAAAGCACCAGCUGCGCUACAUUUCUUUGCAAUGUCGCCAAUCACCAAUAGUUUUGAUGUUAAUGAUAGCGGUGGUGUCAUGGUGGCUCCCGCUGCCAGCAUUUUAAGCCAGUAGUAGAGCAAGUAACCUAGUUGUAGAGACAGGACAGAGAGUCGUUUUCUCCGGCUUAUUCACACAGGAUGCUACAAUGAACAUUUUUAAACAUAUACUUCUACCACUGUCUGUAGGGAACAAGAAUCUUUAUUUAAAGUUACAGACCUUAAUCGAAAUAGUUCUCGAAUUCACUUUACUUGAGAACAAACGGUUCCCAGUUCUUUAUUUCUAACGUUUCUGAAUUUGUUGGAAGACUCCCAGCGCCAGACAAUUGCUCUACCUCCCGCUAAGUGGCUGAGUUCCACAGAAGCAGUGGGGUAGACCCCCCCCCCAUUGCCGUUCCUUUUUUUUUUUUUUUCCUUUUCAUGCAAAUGAAAGACUGAAACACGACUGUGUCUAAAGAAAUUGUCUUUAUUUUCCUCGUAAACCUCUUGUGUUGAGAAACCUUCGUCUUUUUACAUCUCAUACUUAUUGCGUAUUUGGAAGUAAGUACUGUUUUAUUUUUCUUUUAGAAAUGUGUCUGUAUAUAUGUCUCUUUUGAAGAGGGUUCAUUUCCAAAAUGUCCCGACUUUUGACAGGAUGUAAAGAAAGAAAAAAAAAGCUACUUGUACAUGUCAAUGACAAAGCAUGUAAUAAA